CGACUGUUACACGAAUGGAUUCAGGUCAGACCAUCGAGGGAACCAACGUGGACAGCGCGAUGAUGGCAGUCGAAGGAGCCCCGGCGACGACAGCUCCCGACCUGCUUGCUCAACAGACACUCACCACCCUCUCGGUAGGAAUGCUGCACACAAGUGCCGCGCUGAUCCACGUAAGUAGGAGCUGUCUGUGAUCGAGAGCAGCAGCAGCAGCUCGACAUGCGACAUUGACGCUGCGAUACUGCUGCCGCCUCCUCCCACGUCGCUCACAGACCACGUCAGCACCAGGAAUCCUGGGCUCGGAAUCGACAUUCCACCACGCGACGUGGAUGAGACGUCCGGAUUGUCGGAAGAAUGCUCACCAGGUAGCAAUGCCGCGAGUCCGUUGCCUUCGACGAUGGGCGGUCGCCGGCGGAGCGAAGAAACAAGUUCAAGCAAAAAGCUUUCAGGAGUCGCUCGAGAAGGAAGUGGUCAAGGAGACCGAAAGGUUGAUCGAAGGGCGAGUACAAGCGCCGUCGAGUUCGCCCGCGAGCACAUUCAAAGUUUCGAGCACAAUUUGGGCCGCGCGCAUUUUUUCUCGUCGCUGGCCACGAGUUUGGCGAUCCACAACUGCACCGAUAAAAAGCUAGCUGGCGCGGCCUCCACUCCCCAGACUAACGGUGGCACUGUUGUGCGCCAGGGAUGGCUCAUGAAGCGGGGCGGCGUGGUCCCCGCCUGGCGGAAACGAUGGUUUACACUCGAGCACAGUCCCGACGGACCUAUCCUGACGUAUGGCAAAGAACAACAGAAAGCCUCCCCGACGAAGGUGGGCAAGACUAGCAUGAGCCCAAAAGUGAUCAAGCUAUCGUCGAGCACCCAAUGCACCGUUGUGCCAACCAAGAAGGAGCGCGAGUUCGAAUUUAAGCUGUCCACGUCGGUGGAUGCUGCCCAGCGCGAGUACUUUCUCCAGGCGAUGUCGGGUGUCGAGAUGAACGCGUGGAUUGCCGCCAUCAAGAGUUCUAUCUACGACUGUCAGACGCUGGCCUUUGACGAGUUGAGCGAGAUGCGGUCGUUCUGGGACAAGGCCGGCAUCCAUGGCUUCCUCGUCCACUACGGCGUUCGAAAAUGCAGCGGCCGCAACCACGUCCAAACCCGUGUGCUCGAGCUGAACUUUGCCGACAGCGUUAUCAUCAACACGAAACGGGGAGAAUCGCUGACGACGCUGACGUUUGCCCAGCUGCGCGACGUCAAGAAAGCUCCGCCCGAGCUCGAAAAAGGAUGGGGCUACGGGCUAGAGAUCCUCUGGGACGGUCAUCGGUCGUGGCCAUGUUACCUCGAGACGGAACCAGCGAGAGACGACUUGUUCGGGCUCUUGCAGCACAUUCUCGCCCUUCGCGCGUCCUCCAUGAUAUCCACCGGUCAAGGGGCGACUGUGUCCCCCGACGAGUUGGGCAAACGAUAUGCUCAGCUCACGCUCAAGACGGGCGUCCUGGACCGCAAGAACGGCUCGCACAACGCGACGAUCAAGGGCCGCUUCCACGUAAAGCUGCACGAGAUGUUUCUGGCCUUUUUUCCGGAAGCCGGUCCAUACGUGCGUCCAUGGUUUGUGCUGCCCCUGCGCGGCCUUGCGCCGGCGACCCUCGACGCCGAUCGAUGCACAAUCACGCUCGGCCGCCAUGUUUUCGUGGCCGACUCGACGGCCGAAGCCAAGUCGUGGUACAACGCGUUGGCGGCGGCCCGCGUUUUGCCGAAAGAAGUGAUCGACGCCGAAAUGGACAAGCGGGAGAAGAUUCGUCGCACGACGUUGCGCACUGUAGUCAAGCUGCGAAAACUACUCAAGGCCAAGGUCAAAGCCGAGAGCCAUGGCCCGCCCGAGGACUACAAAUUGAUCGACCUCAUGCUGCGCCAACUGUGGCGCCUCGUGUUCCCAGACGAGCCGUACACGUCCAACGCAGACGUGCGAUGGCAAGAAAUGGGAUUCCAACGAGGCGGACCUGCUUCAGAUUUGCGGUCAAGCGGGCUCUUGGGGCUCCACUGCGUCAUCUAUUUCGUCAAGCACCACCCAAAGGUCACAAAUGCCACGAUGAACCGGAUUCGGUUCGGCGUGAGUGAAGGCAACUUGAAGAAUUACCCGUUUGCCAUUGCAUGUAUUAACGUGGUGGCGACCCUCGUGGAGAUGCUUGGCCUCGGGGACGCCGGGUCGCACACGGACGGGUGCUCCUUGACGGCGCCCAAGACGUUUGUCGUGCUGCUGGCGAACGAAGUCGACAAGCACGGCGACGCGAUGCUGAUGCGCAAAUCCAUGCACGGCAACCUGGGCCAGUACGAAUCGUGGGACGAUCUAUCGGGCGACUCGAUCAACACAGUGUUCGAAGACCUCUUUUGCAUGGUGUUUCCGAUCCUGGAUCGGCUGUUUGUCGAAAUGGGCGCGGGGUACAUGGAGUUUGGCCAAGUACUUGUGGCAUUCCGAAGACGCCUGGGCGUGAUUUUCAACCAGGAGCCGUCCAAUUUCAACGUUUUGCAGCGUCUGGCGAAUGAACCGAUCACGGAAACCCUUGUCGCCCCCAGCAUCAUUUCCAAACAAGUUCAUUGAGCGCGACUCAUCCACAACAUUGCGGCGGAAUGGCCGCAGUUUCGUUAACGUCUCUCCAUACAAACCCGUGUCGCACCCAA